AUGACUAACUGUAUGGUGAUUAAUGUUGACGGCAACGUUUGUGGAACUCCGACGCGUGGUGGCUUCAGUGGUUGCUACCGUUCUAACUCGGGUCAGUGGCAGGGAGGCUUUUUUGGCUACCGUGAUGAUACAUGCAUUCUGCACUUGGAAUUGUUGGCCAUUUUCAAUGGGCUUUCGAUUGCUUGGGAGCGUGGCUGUCGUGUGGUUGAAUGUCAAUUGGAUACUUUGAAUGCGGUUACACUAGUUAAAUCAAAGCCAACUUGGAGUCAUCUUUAUGCUUCCUUAGUGUGGGAUAUUAUUGAGAUGUUGCAGAGACCUUGGAGGGUGGAGUUGCACCAUAUCUUGAGAGAAGAGAAUGCAUGUGCGGACGAGUUAGCUAAACAUAGAGCUCACCAGGAAGAGGCCUUUUUUGCCAUUGAGAACCCUUUGGAGGGAAUGAGUUUUCUCCUUCUAGCUGAUGUUGUUGGUAACACUGUCGUGAGAGAGUAG